AUGGCGCCGGGCUGCAAAACUGAGUUACGUAAUGUGACAAACACUAACCAGGCUAACCAGCCAAGUAAUGAAGGUGAUGCCAUCAAAGUUUUUGUGCGAGUCCGCCCACUCGCAGAGGGUCCUGGGUCCGCUGAGGGAGAGCAAAGCCUCUGUCUCUCCGUGCUCUCCACCGCCACUCUGCGGCUGCACUCCAACCCCGAGCCCAGGACCUUCACGUUUGAUCACGUUGCAGACAUGGAUGUCACUCAGGAGUCUGUGUUCUCAACUGUGGCCAAAAGCAUUGUGGAAUCGUGCAUGAGCGGUUAUAAUGGAACCAUCUUUGCUUAUGGACAGACUGGCUCAGGGAAGACAUUUACUAUGAUGGGACCCUCUGAAUCUGAUAAUUUUUCUCAUAACCUGAGAGGAGUGAUCCCACGAAGCUUUGAAUAUUUGUUUUUCUUAAUUGAUCGUGAAAAAGAGAAGGCUGGGACGGGAAAGAGUUUCCUUUGUAAGUGUUCCUUUAUUGAGAUUUACAACGAGCAGAUCUUUGACCUGUUGGACCCUGCAUCUGCUGGACUUUAUUUAAGGGAGCAUAUCAAGAAGGGCGUGUUUAUUGUGGGUGCAGUGGAGCAAGCGGUAACCUCAGCUGCAGAAGCGUACCAGGUAUUGUCUGGAGGAUGGAGAAACAGACGUGUGGCAUCCACCUCAAUGAACAGAGAAUCCUCUAGAUCUCAUGCCGUCUUUACAAUUACAGUUGAGUCUUUAGAGAAGAGCCAUGAGGCUGUGAACAUACGGACCUCCCUCCUGAACAUGGUGGACUUGGCCGGCUCUGAAAGGCAAAAAGAUACCCAUACGGAAGGAGUGCGGUUGAAGGAAGCAGGUAAUAUCAACCGCUCCUUGAGCUGCCUGGGUCAAGUGAUUACUGCCCUUGUGGAUGUGGGCCACGGGAAGCAGAGACACGUUUGCUACAGAGACUCCAAGCUCACCUUCCUGCUGCGGGAUUCCCUGGGAGGUAACGCCAAGACAGCCAUCAUUGCGAAUGUGCAUCCUGGAGCCAGGUGCUUUGGGGAAACUCUAUCAACUCUCAAUUUUGCUCAAAGAGCCAAGCUGAUUAAAAACAAGGCAGUGGUAAAUGAAGACACCCAAGGAAAUGUGAGCCAGCUGCAAGCUGAAAUAAAGAGGCUCAAAGAACAACUGGCCCAUUGUAUUUCAGGGCAGAUACCACCAGAGAGCUCUCUGACCAGAGACCCAGGGAAUACGAACUAUGUGAAGUGUUUCCGUGAGGCAAUGCUGUUCUUUAAGAAGUCUGAACAGGAAAGGAAGGCUCUGAUAGAAAAGGUUACUCAAUUAGAAGACCUCACCAUCAAAAAGGAAAAAUUCAUCCAAUCUAAUAAAAUGAUUGUGAAAUUUCGAGAGGAUCAAAUAAUGCGUCUGGAGAAGCUCCACAAGGAAUCCCGGGGAAGUUUUCUGCCGGAGGAACAGGAUCGCCUGCUCUCGGAGUUGAGAGAUGAAAUUCAGACUCUGCGUGAACAAAUAGAGCACCACCCUCGCGUUGCCAAGUAUGCGAUGGAAAAUCAAUCCCUCCGGGAGGAGAAUAGGAGACUAAGAGUACUUGAACCUGUGAAAAAAGCCCAAGAAAUGGAUGCCCAGGCCAUUGCAAAGCUAGAGAAAGCUUUCUCCGACGUCUGUGAGACAGAGAGAAGCAGCAAAGGUCAGCCAAGCUUCUCUUCUAAAGUCCCAGGAGAGCAGUGUUCACUGGCAAACACGGAGAAACUGAAAGCACAGCUCCUGCAAAUUCAGACAGAGCUGAAUAAUUCCAAGCAAGAAUAUGAAGAAUUCAAAGAACUAACAAGGAGAAAGCAGCUAGAAUUGGAAUCAGAGCUCCAGUCUUUGCAAAAAGCCAACUUGAAUCUUGAAAACAUUUUGGAAGCAACUAAAGUCUGCAAGCGGCAAGAAGUUUCUCAGCUGAAUAAAAUCCAUGCUGAAACCAUUAAGAUUAUAACUACACCAACCAAAGCUUAUCAAAUUCAAUCUCGACCUAUUCCAAGAUUGAGCCCAGAAACACCGACUGGAAAUGCCAAUAAAUUAGAGAAUGAUAUCUUUAAUGAGCCAAUUCCACCUGCCAUGAGUGAGCAAGCGCUUGAGGCCAUUUCUGAGGAGCUCCGGGUGGUGCAGGAGCUAAUGAAUUGCCUUCAAGUCACGUUAGAUGAAACAGAGCAUAAGAAUGUGAAGCUGCAGCAGCAAAUCGACAAACUGGAACAUCAUUCUGCACAGAUGCAAGAGCUUUUCCUAUCAGAAAGAACUGAUUGGACCAAACAGCAGCAGGACUCCCUGGAACAGUUGAAUGCCCUGGAGAAGCAGCUUCGAGAGACACAGACUAAAAAUGACUUUUUGAAAAGCGAGGUGCAUGACCUCCGCGUGGUCCUUCAGUCUGCAGACAAAGAGCUAUCUUCGGUGAAACUGGAGUACAGCUCACUCAAGGAGAGGCAGGAGAAAGAACUCAACCAGCUUUCGGAAAGACACAUACAUGUGCAGCUUCAGCUCGAUAAUGUCAGACUGGAAAAUGAAAAACUGCUUGAGAGAAAAGCCUGCCUGCAAGAUUCCUAUGACAAUUUGCAAGAAGAAAUGAAAUUUGAAAUGGACCAGCUUACCAAAAACUUCCAAAACAGCAGAAAAGAGAAUGAAACUCUGAAGUCUGAUCUGAAAAAUCUGAUGGAGCUUUUUGAAGCAGAGAAAGAACGCAAUAACAAAUUGUUAUUACAAUUUGAAGAAGAUAAAGAAAACAUUUCUAAAGAAAUAUUACAAGCUCUCGAGACUGUGCGUCAGGAAAAGCAGAAAGUGAUGGCCAAGUGUGAGGAGCAGGGGGCAAAAGUCCAGAAACUGGAAGAGAGCUUACUUGCUUCUGAAAAAGUAGUCAGCACUCUGGAGAAGUCUAGAGAUUCCGACAAGGAAGUUGUGGCCAGCCUCAUGAGUCAGAUCCAGGAACUGAGAGCAUCACUCGCUGAGAAAACAGAGACCGUGGACUCCCUGAAGCAAGAACUGAAGGACAUUCACCACAAAUACAACUCUGCUCUGGCUGACAAAGAAGAGAGCAAGGCAUUGACUAAGGCCCAGGAGGGGGAGAUUCUGGAUCUGAAAGAAGCUCUCAGACUGAGAAAACUCUCGGAGGACAUAGAGAGGGAUAUGCUCUGUGAGGACCUGGCUCAUGCCACUGAGCAGCUGAACAUGCUCACGGAGGCCUCGAAGAAGCACUCGGGACUGCUGCAGUCGGCCCAGGCGGAGCUCACCAGGAAGGAGGCCCUCAUCCAGGAGCUGCAGCACAAGCUCCAGGAAAAGAGAGCGGAAGUGGAGCAGAGGAAGAACGAGUACAACUCAAAGAUGAGGCAGCUGGGGCACGUGAUGGAGUCCGCUGCUGACCGCCCGCAGAGCCCUAAAACACCACCUCACUUCCAAACACAUUUGGCGAAACUCCUGGAGACCCAAGAACAAGAGAUCGAAGAUGGACGAGCCUCUCAGAUCUCUCUGCAGCACCUGGUGGCCCAGUUGAACGAGGACAGGGAAGCCAAGAGCGCCGCCAUCCUCCGGAUGAAGGAGCAAUUGCGUGAGAUGGAAAACGUCCGCCUGGAAGCCCAGCAGCUGAGAGAGCAAAACUGGUGCCUUCAGGGUCAGCUGGAUGACAUGCAGCGCCAGGCGGAGGGCAGUGAGCCGGACCAGCCAGCCAGCCAGCCACGGAAGGGCGAACAAGACGAAGUCGUCCGAGAAAGGCUUGAUGAGAGUAAACUCGUUGAAGAAAUUCAGAAAAUGAAAACACGCCUGGAAGAAGUCCAGAGCGCCCUCCAGGACAAAGAGAGGGGCUGCCGUAGAAUGGCUGAGGAGGUGGAGCGCACCCGCACUUUGGAGUCAAAAGCAUUCCAGGAAAAGGAACAGCUGAGAUCGAAGCUGGAAGAGAUGUAUGAAGAACGAGAGAGAACCUUCCAGGAGAUGGAGAUGCUCAAGAAGCAGAUGGAGUGCCUCGCGGAGGAGAACGGGAAGCUGGUGGGUCACCAAAACCUCCAUCAGAAGAUUCAGUACGUCGUGCGGCUGAAGAAGGAGAACGUCCGGCUUGUGGAGGAGACAGAAAAGCUGCGGGCGGAAAAUAUAUUCUUAAAAGAAAAGAAGAGGAGUGAAUCGUAAGGAUCCCGGUCCAGCAGGGCAUCAUGUGUUCUGUAUAGAAGCCAGGCCUCUUUGGGGAUCUGAAUGGGGACCUGAGUGGGUGAGUGGCAGUUGGCCCUCCAGUGGGCCCUCGGGUUCACGUGCGUCCUGCGGGGCCUGCCUGAGAGGGCGCCGAGCCUGUGUCAAGGCUGCAGAGCAGCCGUAGGCGCUGGGAAGCCUGUGCCCUUAAGGGUGCGAGCUUGUGGUUCUCGUGGUUCUCGUGGUGGGGCUGCGUCAGCGCAGACGUUUCUCCUUGUGCACUGCCACCCUCCUCAGCGUUACCACCUCUAACCACCUCGAGCAAAAAGUCGACCUGUUCAUAGCGUUUAUUUUUGUAUUUCUACUUUGACCA